AUGCCCUUGCUCCAGAGUUGGGAGCAGCCGAAAUUCAACACAAUUGGAGAGGUCGUUGACUUCUUUCAUCAGGUAUUUGAGGGUCUUCAAUACAUGCAUACCAACGGUGUAGCGCACCGAGACUGCAAGUAUGAUAACCUCUUGAUGGACCCUACAGGUCUAUACUCGGUACUUCCCCACCCCCUCCGGCCUCAUCGAGCUCGUGACUUUCGAUCCGCUCCCUCGCAUACCACUCGCACUUUGGCGCCUGUGAAGUACUAUUUCAUAGAUUUUGGCGUCGCAAAGAAAUACGACCUGUCAGCUCCACCUGAAGAACGCCUGGAACCUCCGGGAUGGGGCGCUGGCGAUGGGACAAUCCCAGAAUUCAAGAAGGACGAACUUUGCGAUCCAUUUGCCGUUGAUGUCUACUGUAUAGGGCACCUGAUCCAGUCCGUUUUCCUGGACGGUGAUGAACAUGUGGAUCCUAAAAAGGGAUUUGAUUUCAUGCGACGUCUCGUGAAGGAUAUGUGCAAGGAGAAUCCAAAAGACAGGCCGACUAUGGAUGAAGUCAUGGAGCGUUUCGAACAUAUAUGUGUUCGCUUGAGCGAUAGGAAAUUACGUUCUCGUGUUGCGAGCAAGAAUGAACUGUGGAUCGUUACACUCCUCCGAUCGUACCCCCACCGUCGCACGCAAAAUGAACUGGCUCGGCAAGGGAUUGCCGCGAUACCCAACUGUCCUCCAGAACUCGCCCGCCGUCCUCCCAGUAUUUUCCAACGGAUUUUUUCAAGGAAGAUGCCUACGAAAAGUUAGGAUGAAGCUGCUUGCGGGAAUACUAUACCCUUUUUUUUCGGUAGGGAUUACAACGGAGGUCAUAUAUCAUACCUUGAGACUGUGCCAGUUACCUUAGACCGCCGUACUUAGAAGAUUGGUACAAGAAGCGUUACAUGUCUCUGUUGGCAGAAUCUUCCAUCGUCGUGAUGAUACUUAUACAUAGGCAUGGCAACGGUUUUUCUUGCAAUAAAUCAGUAGGAGACCCUGGCAGAUUUUUAGAGAUGUCCAUCACUUUGAAACUAAUGCGGUGUCAUCGAAAAAUCCAGAU